GCUGGGUCGGAGAGGAAGACUAAGGAGCCCGGGCCCGGUGCACCCGCUUUCCAGGUUGAAAAGAAAUGCUGAGACUCAAAUAAAACUUCCUUCUGCCUUGGAAGUUUGCCAUGGGCAUUGGGAAGUCUAAAAUAGAUACCUGCCCUCUUUCUUGGCGUAAAAGACACAGUGUGGAUACGAGUCAAGACCAUCCCGAGUCAGAGUCCAAGAAAUCUGAGCAUGUGUCCUUGCGUGAUGUGGAGCAAAACAAUACAACAGAGCGGCCGACAGGCGAGCAGGAGGGAGCUGAAGCAGUAGGGGGCAUGCCUGAAGAGGAAACUGAGGAAGAAGCAUUCCUCAAAUUUGUGAUAUUGCAUGCAGAAGAUGACACAGAUGAAGCCCUCAGAGUCCAGGAUCUACUACAGAAUGAUUUUGGUAUCAAGCCUGGAAUAAUUUUCGCUGAGAUGCCAUGUGGCAGACAGCAUUUACAGAAUCUAGAUGAUGCUGUGAAUGGAUCUGCAUGGACAAUCUUAUUAUUGACUGAAAACUUCUUAAGAGACACCUGGUGUAAUUUCCAGUUCUACACAUCCCUGAUGAAUUCUGUGAACAGGCAACACAAAUACAACUCUGUUAUACCCAUGCGGCCCCUGAACAACCCUCUUCCCAGGGAAAGGACUCCCUUGGCUCUGCAAACCAUCAAUGCCUUAGAGGAAGAAAGUCGGGGCUUUUCUACGCAGGUAGAAAGAAUUUUUCAGGAUUCUGUGUAUGAGACACAACAAACUAUAUGGAAAGAGACACGAAAUACGAUGCGAAGAUAGUUUAUUGCCUGAGAUGUAACAGGCUAACUCCUGUUUUAUAAACCAAAUGAUUAAUCUACACUUGAGAAUGCAAUUUCUAAGAGACACUUAAAUGAAAGUGAGCCUGCUCUAAGGAAACCCAUGGAGCACAAGAAAGCAUACAUUUCUGCAGGGCUAGAAUUGUGACACUUUUUGAUGUUAAACCCAAGAUUUUUUUGAGUUUCAAAAACUUUCCUUUCAUAGUUUUCCAAGUUCAUGGAUAUUCUUAACUCCUGUUCAUUAUAUGAACCAGGAAUAAAAAUGUACAAUAGACAUUUUCAAAGUAUGAAGGCAAAAUAGGAUAACAAACUCCUCAAAGGACAUGAAGAAAAAAAAUGGCUCCAAGCAGUCAAGCACCUCCUCUCCUACAGGGCUCAUGAGUGUUACAACAGGACAGUCUCAUGCUUUACCCAGAAACAGGGAUUUCCAGAUUAGGAUAUGGAAUGUUGAUGCUCCUGAGUGUGAGAUCAGAAGUGGUUGUUAGACUGGUCAGGCUUCUGAAAAGAAUCCAGUCAAAUGUGCUUGCUUUCCUGCUUGAAUUUGGAGCUAGUUUCCACCUCUGAGUGGUAGUCCUUUUGAGAGCGUGGUAGGCAGAGAUGCUGCGCAGAUUUGUCCUGAUCGGAAGCUCUCACUGUUAGUGAUCAUCUAUAACCAGGGCACCAUUUGCAGAGCUGAAAAGUGUAUGAUUCACCAGCUGUUCGCCUUGAAAAUCAAUGACGUCUCAUAUUAGCCUUUAAAAUAUUCCCUUGCACACAACUCUCAACUCAGGGAAUGUUUCUCAUCUAGGGUGGUUGGGCUGUAUGUGCGAGUGCGUGUGCAUCUGUGUGUGUGUGUGUGUGUGUGUGUGUGUGUGU